GUUUGGCCGACGCGCUCCCUCUAGUAUAGUCCACUGAGUCACUGUAUAUCUCUAAAACCUAAUUCCAGAGCUCGUCCUCUUUCUAUUCUCGAUAGCCGCAUCUCUCGCAGCCGAAUCUUCCUCUCCAGUCGUCCAUGGCGGAAGUCCAUACCGCAAAAACCCCAAGCCUAUCUGAGCAAUAUUUAUUGAAGGAGAAAGAAGAGAAGCUGGAUUCUGGUUUGCAGCCUGCAGAAGAACUUGAGGUGAAGAUUGAUGCAAGUGCCACCACUGAGGAAGUUGUCACUCCAAAAACUGAGGAAAACUCUGUUACUGUUGGUAGUGAUGAAGGUAAACCAGCUGCUGCUGAUGAAAGUGCAAGUGCUUCUAGUGUUACUGCUGGAGAAAGCACUGAAGCCAUUAUUAGUGCAGGAGAAAAUAGUGUUGCUGAAGACACCCAGGUUGCUGCUGAGGAAAGCACUGUAAGUGCUGAACAGGAAGACUCUGGAGAUCAAGAAGUUGAAGAAACACCAGAGGUUAAGCUUGAGACAGCACCAGCAGAUUUCCGCUUCCCAACUACAAAUCAAACUAGGCAUUGCUUUACCCGAUACAUUGAGUAUCAUCGGUGCGUGGCUGCAAAGGGGGAAGGUGCUCCUGAAUGUGAUAAGUUUGCAAAAUAUUAUCGGUCUCUCUGCCCUGGUGAAUGGAUUGACAGAUGGAACGAGCAAAGGGAGAAUGGUACCUUUCCAGGUCCGCUAUAAAUGGAGUCUGCUGAAGAACCCAAAAAUGGUUUAGUUCCUCCGCUCUAUCCAGGUUGCUUGGACCUGCCAUGAAUUUCUUGAAAUGAUAACAAUCGCAGGAGAAAUCCCUAUUUCAAACUGGUUAAUAAAUUUUUUUUAGCUUGGAUUGGGACUAGUUUAGUUCCAAAUGCAUAUUUGUUCUGCGUUAAAGCUAUUUGGCAAUAAUCAUUUUAUGGUACUCUCUUUCCACUAUUUUAAGCUUUGCCAGUUUUGUAAGAGUAAUAUAGGUCACUGAGUAGCUUAAACUAAAGCAGUGGCCUUCAUUUUCUAUACAUCACUUAAUAAGAUACGAGUGCUUGUGGAUCAAAUUCUUCUCUUGAA